GAGGGAGGGAAGCAAAGGUAUUCAGAUAGCAUUCUGUAGAGCAGGAUUAGAGUAAGCUAGGAACAACUGCCAAGUUUCACUAAUGACUUCAGAUUCCUUGAAGUAUUCUGUGAAAUUUCAGUAGCUCUCAUAUGAACAAUACAACAAAAGGACAGAGACAGAAAACAAGGAACCAAGACAAAGGGUUAAAAAAUUAAUUUAGCUCUUCAAAUUAGAACAACACGACCGGGAGAAAAUAGAGUGGUAAAACUUUUUUACUCCUAAGACUUUUUUCUCUGCCUGUGCUCGAAGAUUUGCUUCUGAGAAUCUCAGCCGUCAGUAAUGGUGACUAGAAGGCUCCAGGGACACAUCCUGGUCUUCAUUUUACUGACGCCAGUGACUGGGGCUCCAUCCAGCGAACCUGAUGCAGAGAGAGUGUCGACUCAGGACAAGUGUAUCCGCUGUUGUGAUCCUCAUGAGUACACCAUGCCUCCAUCUGGAGAGGGCAACCCGUCACCGAGUCCGCACCAGGGCAGUUAUAGCCCUUCCUACCCCAUGCCUCAAGUCUACCCUCAUAUCAACAUCACCAUCCUCAAAGGUGAAAAAGGAGAGAGGGGAGAGCGAGGACCUCAGGGAAAGCUAGGAAAGGAAGGGCCUAUGGGUCUCCGAGGCCCCACAGGAGCCAAAGGGGACCAGGGUCAAGCAGGUAUCCCAGGAGAUUCUUACAAGCAGCACUACUCAGCCUUCUCGGUGGGCCGUAAGAAAGGCCUCCACAGCAGCGACUACUACCAAACCUUGAUCUUUGACACAACGUUUGUGAACCUUUACGGUCACUUCAACAUGUUCAAGGGCAAGUUCUACUGCUACAUCCCAGGGAUCUACUAUUUCAACCUCAACAUCCACACGUGGAACUUCAAAGAGACCUACCUUCAUAUCAUGAAGAACGACCGGGAUAUGGUGAUCUGCUACGCCCAGCCCAGCAACCGCAGCAUCAUGCAGAGCCAGAGCAUCAUGCUGGAGCUACAGCAGAAUGAUGAAGUGUGGGUCCGCCUCUACAAGCGCGAGCGGGAAAACGCGGUCUACAGCGAUGAUGUUGACAUUUACGUGACCUUCAACGGUUAUCUCAUAAAACCCAACCUGGACUAGAACCCCCUCCAUUUUCCAUACACCCCUCGCUUUUCCAUCAGGCUUCACUUUAUAGGAAAUAUCUUCCAUUAUUCCAUUAGAGAAAGUACAUUGGGUUUUACAUGGGAGCUCAGCUUACAUCAGCAACACUCACUCACCUGGAAUCAACCAUGUUGGUUUUGUUGUUUGAUCCACAUAGGUGCCACCACCAUCAUCAUUAUGUGCCAUGUCGUGUGUAUGAUCAUGGUCUCAGGGUCGUGAUUCUUCUUGGCAAACUUUUCUGCUGAAGUGGUUUGCCUUUGCCUCCUUCUGGGUGUUGUCCUUACAAGAUAGGUGACCCCUGCCAUUACCAAUACUCUUCAGAGAUUGUGUGCCUGGAGUCAAUUGUCACAUAACCAGCACAUGUGAUGUGCACCAGCUGCUCGUACAACUGUCCACCACCUGCUCCCAUGGCUUCACAUGACCCUGACCAGGUGCUAAACCUUGCCCAAGGGUGACCUGCAAGCUAGCAGUGUGAAGAAGUGCCUUACACCUCCUUUGGUACCUCUACCCUGCGACCCAACAUAGAUGGCAGUAUAUUAAUUAAGCUACUUUGUUAAAGCAAUGAUAAAAAGACCAAAAAUAAUGCUCACAUGUAGGCCUUUAACUCUGAUCUAUAUAAAGGACAAGUUUCAAAAAGUCAAUGCUUUCGGAUUUUAAUAUCGUCGUGACAGGAGUGCCCCAAGACUGAGAUCAAGUGUAAUCAUUCAGUGGGUUUGUGCUUGAAGGAGCAAGGUGCAGGUAUUUAAUACAGCUACCACUUUACAUUUAUAAUUACUUCAGUUGGGUAAAGAACUAUCAUUCAUUCAGGAUGCCGCAAAGAACUUUUCACCCAAUGAUUAGACAUUGGCUCAAUGGAAGAAGCCAGAGAGUGGUAGUGGAGGAUUGCUUCUCUGAGUGGAGGCCUGUGACUAGUGGUGUGCCACAGGGAUCAGUGCUGGGUCCAUUGUUAUUUGUCAUCUAUAUCAAUGAUCUGGAUGAUAAUGUGGUAAAUUGCAUCAGCAAAGUUGCUGAUGAUACUAAGACUGGAGGUGUAGUGGACAGUGAGGAAGGUUUUCAAAGCUUGCAAAGGGAUUCAGACCAGCUGGAAAAAUGGCAGAUGAAGUUUAAUACAGACAAGUGUGAGGUAUUGCACUUUGGAAGGAAAAACCAAGGUAGAACAUACAAGGUAAAUGGUAGGGCACUGAGGAGUGCAGUAGAACAGAGAGAUCUAGGAAUACAGAUACAAAAUUCCCCAGAAGUGGUGUGGAUAGGGUCGAAAAGAGAGCUUUUGGUACAUUGGCCUUUAUAAAUCAAAGUAUUGAGUAUAAGAGUUGGAAUGUAAUGGUGAGGUUGUAUAAGACAUUGGUGAGACCGAAUUUGGAGUAUUGUGUGCAGUUUUGGUCACUGAAUUACAGGAAGGAUAUUAAUAAGGUUGAAAGAGUGCAGAGGAGGUUUACUAGGAUGUUGCCGGGUCUUGAGAAACUGAGUUACAGAGAAAGGUUGAAUAGGUUAGGACUUUAUUCCCUGGAGCGUAGGAGAAUGAGGGGUGAUUUGAUAGAGGUGUAUCAAGUUAUGAUGGGUAUAGAUAGAGUGAUUGCAAGCAGGCUUUUUCCACUGAGGCUGAGGAGAAAAAACCCCAGAGGUCAUGGGUUAAGGGUGAAGGGGGAAAAGUUUAAAGGGAACAUUAGGGGGGGCUUCUUCAUGCAGAGAGUGGUGGGAGUGUGGAAUGAGCUGCCAGAUGAAGUGGUAAAUGCGAGCUCACUUUUAACAUUUAAGAAAAACUUUUAACAUUUAAGAAAAACAGGUACAUGGAUGAGAGGGGUUUGAAGGGAUAUGGCCCAGGUGCAGGUCAGUGGGACUAGGCAGAAAAAUUGUUCAACACAGCCAAGAAGGGCUAAAAGGCCUGUUUCUGUGCUGUAAUGUUCUAUGGUUCUAAUUUCAAUAUGAACUGUGGUCACUUUUUAAAUAAACUUUGAUUUCUUGUUAUAGAAAAAAAUAUAGAAAAAAAAUUGGGUAAUUUGAAAUGUUGUCAAGUGUGGUGGUGGAGGCAGAUUUGAAAGUGGUGUUUAAAAGGUAUGGACACGUGCAGAGAAUGGGGGAGGGGAUGUGUGUUAUGCGCAGGAAGAAUAUGGAGCGCAGAAUACAGACUCUGCUCAGGUCAUUAGACCCACUGUGCUGAUCUUGAUGGCAAUUUUUACUCAAUGUCCUCCUCCUGCAUAUCAUAAGACCUGAAGACCAUAAGACACAGGAGCAGAAUUAGGCCAUUCAGUCCAUCAAGUCUGCUUCCUCAUUCCAUCAUGCCUGAUUUAUUACCUCUCUCAACCCCAUUCUCUUGCCUUCUUCUGUAACCUCUGACACCCUGACAAACCAUGAACCUAUCAACCUCGCUUUAAAUAUGCCCAGUGACUUUGACUCCACAGCCGUCUGUGGGAAUGAAUUCCACAGAUUCAUCACCUUCUGGCUAAAGAAAUUCCUCCUCAUCUCUAUUCUAACGGGCUGCCCUAUUCUGAGGCUAUGCCGUCAGACACAAUGGUUAUGUCUUCCUAGCCUAGACUCUCCCACUACAGGAAACAUCCUCUUCACAUCCACUCUGUCUAGGCCUUUCAAUAUCUGCAUCCAGGUCCUGCCGGAUGGUUUUAAUCUGAAACGUUGACUGUACUCUCUUUUCCUCAAUGCUGCCUGGUCUGCUGAGUUCCUCCAGCAUUUUUGUGUGUUGCUCAGAUUUCCAGCAUCUGCAGAUUUUCUCUUGUUUGUGCCUAUUAAUAUUUGAUAUGUUUCAAUAAGCUCCCCCCUCACUUUUCUAAACUCUAGUGAGUAUCAUUCAUAUCCCUCCGUUCCCUUCAUAUCUAAAAGCCACUUAAACUCCUCCAAGCUGCUUGCUUCGUUCACAACUACUGUCCCUGGUAAUCCAUUCCAAGCACCAACCAUUCUCUGUGAAAAAAGUUUGCCACUCAAAAAGUUCAAAAGUUCAAACGUUCAGCAUUCAAAAGUAAAUUUCCACGUCCACUCUAUCUGGACCUUUCAAUAUUCGAUCGGUUACGAUGAAGUCCCCCCUCACUGUUAGUAGAAAUAGAAAGCAAGUUUGUGCCUUGCUCAUUUCACAAACUGUUGAGGCAACGUAUGAAUUUUACCGUGCGUUGAUGGUGCCUCAGCACAAUGGCACUGCUCUGGGAUGUACCUUCCUGGGGUGCUAUAUAAGUAACUCGUCCAUGGGUAUUACAGCACACAUCAGAAUUUACUUACUUUCUUUCUUCAGCUUCUAAGCAAGGAUUCUUUCACUGUGAUUUAACUACAGCUAAAAUAUUUAUUUAAUGGGAUCAAAUUAAUCUAGCCUUUCAAUUCUUAGCCGUGUUCAAUUGAAAUUGAUAAAGAGCUACUUCCUCCUUGAUCUUUCCUUUGGCAGAUACAGUAAGCCAUUUGGAGAGCCAUACCCCAGCCUACAGUGCAUAUCCAUGUCCUUUCACUCCUCUGUUGAUUGUUCAAAGUCAAUUUAUUACCAAAGUACAAAUAUGUCACCCUGUGAUUCAUUUUCUUGCAGACAUCCACAGUCAAACAAAGAAAUGCAACAGAAUCAAAGAUAAAAAUAACCAAUGUGACAAAGCAGGCAAUCUGUGCAGAGACAGAACAAUAAUAAUAAUAAAUGCCAGAGCAGAGAUAGAAACGUAGAAAAUCUACAGCACAAUACAGGCCCUUCGGCCCAUGAUGCUGUGCUGGACAUGUACUUAUUUUAGAAAUUACCUAAGGUUACCUAGGGCCCAGUUCUCCUCCUCUGUCUUAUAGUCCUAUGGUCUAAAAGAAAAGUAGAAGCACUCAGAACAUAAGUUGUAUGUAGAGUCUUUGAAAGUAAGUCCAUAAUUCGUGUUCAGUGAUCAGUCCAAGUUGAAGUGAGUUAAGUUUAUCUUCACUGGUUCAGGAGCCUGAUGGUUGGAGGGAAAUAGCUCUCCCUGAACCUAGUGGAAUGGAACCUGAGGCUCCUGUACCUCCUUCCCGAUGGCAGCAGCGAGAAGAGAGCACAUCCUGCAUAAUGUCCUUGUAAAUGGAUGCUACUGGCUUGUGGUAGUGCUCCUCGUAGAUGUGCUCAGUGGUGGGGAGGGCUUCUCCUGGGCUGUAUCCACCAUGUUUGUAGGGUUUUCCACUCUUGGGCAUUGGUGUUUCCAUGCCAGGCCGUGAUGCAACUAGAUGUGUGUGUGUCCACAUUCUCUCCCUAAUGCCCCUUCUAUCACGACUCUUUGCUCAAGCUUUCAACAGCUCUUCCUAAUCUUAUGGUCAGCAGUUGUCCAAAAGCAGCCUCAGGAUUUUUUUUUACCUCAUUAAAGGUGCUAUGUAAAGACAUGUUGUUGUUGUCAUAUAGGUAAUAUUGUUGUACACUAAACCAUUAGCAAAUAUUCACAGGAGAAUCCAGUAACAAAAUCCUUCAUUUAAUGUAUGUUUGUAUUUACCCGUUCCUGAAAUGUCUAUCAUAUUCCUCCACCUAUAGCUGCAGCGCCCCUACUGGUAGGAGAGUGUGAUAUGUUUAUAUAACAGUUUCCAAUAUAAACACCUACUUAUGGAUUACAUUGUAAUUGUAAAAACCUGUGAGAAAAUAUGUGACUAAAUGAGAGCUCAAAUGCCCUUUAACCCACUUUAGAAAAAGGUUACACUUCAUCUUCAUUUCCUGUCUGUAAAACAAUAAGCACAAGUCUGUAUGAAAUCACAGUGGCUUUGCUGGGUAAUCGUGGCAUUGUUUUACGUUAAAAUGGGGGCAUACAUAUCUCCCAUACUCUGUUAAUAGCAUUGCUUUGUAAGAGACGAUGUUUGGAGAAACAGCUUUGAGUUUAAUCACAAUGCUUUGUAAUGUUUAUUUCUACAUAAAACAGGCUG